AUGUCUUCGACCCCAAGGACAUCUUACGACGUCGAUGGAUACUGUCUUGGACGGAGCUUUUCAUCGUCUUCAAGAUUAAACCUCCAACACUAUCUUUGGAAAGACGCCGUGGGAUACAACAUCCAUCCAGAUAUACCGGUCCAAGAUAGCAAAGACUUUAAAAUAGCUGAUGUUGGCACGGGCACAGGAAUCUGGCUUAUAGAUCUCAACCGCCAGUUGCCCUUAUCCUGCCUUGAUGGUUUCGACGUCUCUUCCGACCAGUACCCCCCCAAAGAAUGGCUACCAGCGAAUAUAUCGCUCAAGACUCUGGAUAUACACAAGCCAAUUCCUGAAGAGCUUAAAGGCAAAUACGAUGUCGUCCAUGUUCGCUUGUUCAUCACUGUCGUGAAAAGCGACGAUCCGUUGCCUAUCUUGAAAAAUCUCAUGGACAUGUUGAAACCGGGUGGCUACCUCCAAUGGUCUGAACAUAGUCUUGCAACUAUAACGGUAGAGUCCAUCAAGCCAGGCAUGAAGACAGGAGAGAUACAGUUUUUGGUCGAACACGCCAGGAACGCCGUGCCAUACGGUUGGCCUCCCAGGCUUCCAGACAGUUUCGCGAAGCAAGGGUUCCAAGAUGUUUCCUACAGUCGCUACCCGAUAAGUCCCGAAGUUCGAGUGUUCUUCACUCAGAUGCAAUUCAUGAUUGGGGAGGAAUACAGCAUUGUCGCAAUGGAUAAUAGCGAUCCUCAAAAGGGUGGGCCAGCCCAUCGAAGACGGAUCCAGGAGGCGGCCAAGGAAGCGAAGGAAGGCGCAGCCAUGCAUUUCAUCCCCGAGGUCACCAUAGGAAAGAAGCCAACAUAG